GGGGUGGGGGUGGGCGGUGACCCGUGCGCUCGGCGUCUCCAGGGCAGCGGCGAAGGCAGGGGCAGAGGCGGGGGCCGUGAAGGGCCAUGGCUGAGCUGGCUCCGGUGACAAUGACAUUUGAUGAUGUGGCCUUAUAUUUUUCGGAACAAGAGUGGGAGAUCCUGGAGAAGUGGCAGAAGGAAAUGUAUCAGCAAGUGAUGAAGACCAAUUAUGAGACUCUUGAUUCCCUGGGUGGUGUUUUUUCCAAGCCAGAUUUGAUCACUUGGAUGGAACAAGGGAGAACGCUGUUAAUCAGAGACCAGGGACCCUUGGAGAAAAGAAUGACACUUAGCCCUUCUGCUGAUGAGCAGUGCAGCACGCAGAAGACUGGAAAGUUGCUGUAUUUUGGUGACCAAGGAAAUCUUGGGGCAGAAGAGGAAGAAUGCCGUUCAAAUGGCCUCCAAAGGCAGGGUUCGUGUGCUACCUUCCCAGGGGAGGAAAGAAAGAUCUUACCAAAUCAAAGAGCCACCUUACGGCACCCAAGUCUCCAAGAAAUAGGGAUUCCACAUGAAAACCUUGACAGCAUAUCCUCUAAUCGGGAUAAGAACGAUCCAUGGCCUACGCGGGUAGGUACCCCAGGUCACUUGGAAAUUCCACCGGGGCCAAGAUUUUAUUCCUGUUUUGUCUGUAGGAAGGUCUUCCAGGUAAAGAGAGACUUGGUAAAGCACAAAAGAAACCACGCCAAGAGCCAGCUCUGUAAAUAUCCACAGCACAAAAAUGAAUCCAGAGGGAGCUCUGAACUCCGGUGGAACCGGCCGGUCCUGUGUAAGAAGAAGCGUUUCCAGUGUGGCAAGUGCGAGAAGAGCUACUAUCUGAAGUGCAGCCUGAUCAUUCACCAGGUUGUUCACACGGGCCAGCGCCCCCUCCCAUGCCCCCAGUGUGACCAGACCUUCCAGUUUAGAGCCACUCUGAAGAAGCAUCUGUGUUUGCACAAAAGGGAGAGACCGUUUUCCUGUGAGCGGUGCGGCAAGGGUUUUGUCUCGCAGUGCAAGCUCACGGAGCACCUCAAGGUGCACACUGGGGAGAAGCCUUUCCGGUGUCCAGAGUGUGACAGAAGCUUCCGCCUGCGGAGAAGUUUGAAGGCCCACGUUUGCCGACACAAUGGGAAGAAGCCUUUCCGUUGCCCGGAGUGUGGCAGAAGCUUUUCCCGAAAGGCUGCCGUGAAGGCCCACCAGAGGAUCCACGGUGGAGAGAAGCCGUUUUCUUGCGACGAAUGUGGUCGGAAAUUCACGCACAAGACGAAACUCACUGAACAUAUCAGAGUUCAUACGGGAGAGAAGCCCUUCCGGUGUCCCGAGUGUGAGAAGAGCUUCCGCCUGAAGAGAAGCCUCAAAGCCCAUCUAUUUCAGCACAGUGGGAAGAAGCCCUUCCAGUGUCCCGAGUGUGACAGGAGCUUCUCUUGGAAGAACGCCAUGAGGGCCCACCAGCGUUUACACAGCGAGGAGAAGCCGUUCUCCUGCGGGGAGUGUGGCAAGAGGUUUACCCGGCCCUCGAAGCUCGCUCGCCAUAGCAGAGUCCACAACAGGCAGAAGGAAUUCUCCUGCGAUGAGUGCAAAAAGACGUUCCCUCGGCAGUCGAGGCUCACGGAGCACCUCAAGGUCCACGCCAAAGAAAAGCCGUUCUCCUGUCCCGAGUGCAGCCGGAGCUUCAGCCGACACUCGCACCUCGCCGCGCACAGGAGGCUUCACGGUGGGGAGGAGCCUUUCCGGUGUCCUGAGUGUGACAAAAGCUUCUUCUGGAAGGCCUCCCUGAAGUUCCACCAGCGGAUACACAGGGGCGAGAAGCCGUUUGCGUGCAGCGAGUGCGGGAAGACCUACACCCAGCAGUCUCAGCUCACCGAACAUCAGAGACUCCACAGCGGAGAGAAACCCUUCCGGUGUCCUGAGUGCAAUAAAAGCUUCCGUCUCAAAGGGAAUUUGAAAAGCCACCUGCUCCAGCACAGUGACAAAAAGCCGUUCUCCUGCGUUAAGUGCGGCAAAAGUUUCACUCAGCGGUACAGGCUCACCGAACACGUUCGAGUCCAUAGUGGUGAGAAGCCCUUCCGGUGUCCCGAGUGUGACAAGAGCUACUGCAUACGGGGAAGCCUGAAGGUCCACUUGCACACGCAUAGUGGAGAGAAGCCCUUCGGGUGUCCGGAAUGUGGCAAAGGCUUCCUCCAGAAGAGAAGUCUGAAGACCCACCUGCACCAUCACAGAGGGGAGAGGCCUUUUUCUUGUGACGAGUGUGGAAGGAGCUUUACGUACAUGGGAGCACUCAACACCCAUAUGGCCGUACAUGCCAGGGCAAAGCCCCUCAGUGUCUAGGCCAGGCCACGCAGAAAGGCAGCAGUGACAGCGCUUAGGUGGCGUUAGCAGCUCUGUCGGAUCCACGGUAGAAGGGGGAUAAGGGAUUCACGGGACACCGGCCUCACAUACGCUGGCCAGAUGCACAGCAGGCAGGGCGUGACAGCUCCUUGACAAAGGUCCCCAAUUAUCCAGGCACAAGAGGCGUCUCCCCUCUGUGAUUCCUGUGGACCAGGCCUGCCGGUUCUGGAAGAAACACUCGACUCUGCCGCCACUCCGGCAGUUUUUAGCAGCGUCAUCCAAGAGCACGGUAAUACCUUUAUUAAAUUCUGAAACCUUGGGGCA